CGAAAGACGAAACAACAACACCGAACGUCGGGCGCACGCUGCUGUGUCAGCGCCACAAUCCAAUCCCGUGGCGGGGGCCAAGGCACGCGCGGGUGAUAGCCUUCCCAACCGUGCGAGCGCUUUGCGUAAGCAGCUGAGGCCUAGAUUAUUUUGCGGAGCGUACAGUGUCGACCAUGCAUGCGCCACACUUUCGUGGACCUGAUAUCGAUGAACGCGCUGAUAGGCCCCACGCAUCUGUGCUGGCGCGAUCAGUGGUGGAGUGGGCGAUUGCUGAGAUGGGGACUCGAGAGGGAGGAUGAUUGGGGUGACAUAAUGGCGAUGACUGCGCGCGCGCGCUGCAGCGUCGUAUUAAUCCGUGCUUCCGCAGGCUGGGUAAACGUUGCUGGGGGGACACGUCGGCAAAAGGCUGGGGCGAGACGAAGAAGCAGCGGGGCGUGGGUAUAAGUAGAGCGGGCUGUUGCUGUGAUGGACAGAACAUCUGCAUCAUCUCCCACACCGCGUCCAUCCACCCACUCCCUAUUACCCACCACUACUCAGAAAUGUCGAGCACGUAUUCCGUCGUCAUCACCGGUGCUAACCAAGGCCUGGGCUACCACACGGUGCACCAGAUCGCACAGCAGCCGCACAAACUCGUGUUCAUGGGCGCGCGCCGGAUGCCUGCGGCCGAGGCCGCCAUCGCGCAGAUCGUCGCGGACGGCAUCCACCCGACGUCCGCCGUCGUCGCGGUCUACCUCGACCUCGCGGACGAGCAGUCCAUCGCCGACGCGGGGAUCGCCGUCGCCGCUGCGCUCAAGGAGCGCGGGCUCACGGGGAUCGAUGCGCUGGUCAACAACGCCGCAAUGGCCGACGGCCCGCCCGCGCUCGUGUUCAGCACGAACAUCGCAGGCACGAUGGCGGUCAAGGCCGCGUUCCGCCCGCUGCUCAAGGCGGGCGGCACGAUCGUGAACGUGUCGUCCGCGCUCGGCUCGCAGGGCCUCAACGCCGCGCGCCCGAAGGUGCCGACGCGCACGCUCGAGACGUACGGCGCGAGCAAGGCCGCGCUGAACAACCUCACGCUGCAGUGGGCGUACGAGGAGGAGGAGAGCGGCUCCGGCGUGCGCGUCGUCGCGCUCGAUCCCGGUCUGACGACGACGACGAUGACGAGCACGCGCUCGUUCCUUGCUGGCCACGGGGAGUCCCCCGCGGUCGCGUGCAAGGUCAUGGUCGACGCCGCGUUGGCGACGGAGGGCAAGAGCGGCGUCUUCUUCGACAAGAACGGAACGAUUCCGUGGUAGUCCUGGCGCGCAGCCAUGGUAGCGCCUCGUUCUAUGCCAAUAGCUUUCCUGGUCACGUGGGCGCGUUGGCCACCAGUUUUUCUUGUACAUCAUCAGUAAUACCCUAUACCUACAAGAUAUUGAAAGACACAGACGACCUCAUGCGAAGCCUGUUUCCACGACGAUCUUUCCGUACACUUGCGGUCCAUACGUCCAGGAACAAGCUUCGGGAAAUCCGCCGCCGCCACGCCCCGGAUGAACUCCACAUCCGGCCGGCGGCUGCAUGGCUAUCCGCAGCACCAGCUGCAGCCUGGUUCUUGGUGCUACGCGUGUAGAUUGACCUGCAGCCGCCUCAGCCACAACACGCAUUUCUUUAACAUUCGGUCGCUCCUGCACCAUCUGCGUGCUGAGUGCCAGUGUGAAUGCAGCAUGUGAGUUCAGGCCCUCUGCGUUUGGAUCACGUCACCAGUCACUCCUCGUGCGCCGGGAAGGAAGGUCAGACCAGAGAGCGUAUCCAAGCAAGCAGAAAGAAACUACGGAGUUCAGGCGGACGAUCGUAGCUAUCCGCUCUCGCACUGCGAACGUUCGAUUGUACGUCUUGAACCUACGCCUCAUCGAACGCGCCUUCCCUCCCCGCAUGGACUCAGUAUCGUGACCACCGCCUCCUCCUACUCGGCAGACCACGUUAGCUCGCCCGGAUCGAGCGCCACAACGCCCUAGUGAGUGAGUGAGUGCGGCUCGCUCUCCACAUGGGGUCGUGUCGUGACGCGCGAGAAGCCGGGAUUUGCGUCGCGUCGAGAUCAGCCCGGGAAGUGGGCUUUGGGGUGGCACGAUUACUGAGAGCACGAGGUCGUAAAAAGAAGAAUCGCGUCGAUGGUGCAUUUGGACUGGCAGAAUCGAAUACGUCUUGGGCACUGCCAUACAUCAAACAUGUUUUCGGAUAUUGCCGGUGUUCUUUCGGACAUUACCGAUGUUCUUUGGGGUCAUUGCCGAUGUCCCUUGAGACCGUCCCGACUUGAUGUAUAUACCGAAAGUUCAAGCGCCUGAUCCACUGGUUCUGUCUACAAUGCUGGACGUCCAUAACACGCUCGUGUACUCAUCUGGGACACGUGUCGCAACGUGUCCUGUGCGUGUCGACACGCAGUGACUCACAGCCCGUGCAGCUGCGCCCAUCUAUGUAAGCAUCCAAGCGGGACUCCAAUCGGACUACUACACGGCUCCCAAUCUCGCUCUCCUAUGCGCCUGCACACACCUGCACUCCGCCCGGCCCUGCACCGCGCCCAGGCGCCCCUUGCAGCGCUCGCCUCGGCGGGGAUGUUCUUCCUCGCCCUGAUGCUCGUGACGAACUGCGCCGCGCCCGUCGUCGUCGUCCUCUCCGGCUCGAUGGAGCCCGGCAUCCACCGCGGCGACCUGCUCCUCCUCACGAACUACACGCGCGCGCUCGCGCCCGGCGAGAUCGCGGUCUACCGCGUGCCGGGCGACCCCGCCGCCCAGUCGAUCGUGCACCGCGUCCUGCGGAGCGAGAUCGAUCUGUCGGGCACGGAUGGCAGCGGAGCGAUGCAGAGGCAGAGGAUCCUGACGAAGGGCGACAACAACGACGCGGACGACCUGGUGCUGUACCGCGGCAGAGAGCGCCUGGCGCGCGCGGACGUGGUCGGGACGGUGAUAGGGAUCCUCCCGCGGGUUGGAUACGUGUCGAUUUCAUUCAACGAAUGGCCGCGCCUGCGCGCCGCCGUAUUUGGCGUUUUAACAUUGUGGGGCGUGAUCUCAGGCCGUAGCUAGCUAGCUAGGUCGGGAGUCGAACCACCGCCCAGGCGAGAGAGAGAGCGAGAAAGGCUCGCCCGCAUUAAUGAAAUCGAAGGUGUCCAGGAUCAGCAUAAGCUAGGGCUCUACUGCUAACGCAAAGUAAAGUAAAGCCACGAGAAGGGGGGAGAA